AUGAUGUUAACAUUAUUAAGGUCCAGGGGCAGACGCCACACUGCACCCUCCUCCUCCAAGCUGUCCAAUGGAUACAUCCUGCCUGAGGGGAGACUGACUCCCAACGCGCUCUUUGUCGGUGGGAUAGACGUAAAGGUGGAGGAAAAUGAAAUACGCGACUUCUUUGCAAAAUUUGGCCAAGUCAAGGAAGUGAAAAUCAUCACAUACCGUGGAGGACUCUGCAAAGGUUAUGGCUUUGUGUACUUCAAUGAAGAGGUCAACAUUCCGUCAAUCGUUGAGGAACACAUCAGCUUUAAGGGCCGGAAACUCAAGCUCGGCCCCGCAAUCAUGAAAGAAAGGACUUCACGCUCCAUGCAACCCUGGCCUGGCCAAGCUCAUUGGACGAGCCCCGCCCAGUACUUCUACUGUGCUUGCUGCUCACCUGUAGGGGGUGGUGUGGCACAACCUUCACCCAUUCUCAACGGCAGCAGCCCCUACCCUCCGCCAUACUCCUUUUCCAACUACGGAGGAGGUGUGAUGGUCCCACAGAUGCCAAUGAACUACCCACAGAAUGUCUUUGCCUACCCGUCCACUCCAGCUCACUGGGCGGCGGACCAGAGGACACACUCAAUCAAUCAGAGCUUUGUGGACUGUGGAGUCCAGACUAUGUUGACUGUGAUGUAG